AGGUGGAGUAUAUACAGUUGGGGAUUUCAUGACAGGAAAAGAGGAUUUGCAUGUUGUAAAGCCAACAACAACUGUUGAUGAAGCACUGGAAGCUCUGGUUGAACACAGAAUCACCGGUUUUCCUGUUAUCGAUGAUGAUUGGAAAUUGACUUUCAACAAGGUACAGAAGUUACUCAACAAGACGAAUGGCCAGGUGGUUGGUGAUUUAAUGACACCAGCUCCAUUAGUUGUACGUGAAACAACUAAUCUAAAGGAUGUUGCUAGGUGGGUAUCAUCACAAGAGGAAAUGUCGUUAGAGCCGCCCUUCAAAUAAAGUGUGAAAUUGAAGGAAAAGCUUAAACACUUGAGACUUGAGAGGCUUUAUCAUUGAAGGAUAUUUAGGGUGUUGGAUGUGGCAGUGCAGCAAUGAAGUUUUUUCCUUUCUCCAUUUAUCAAAGAAAAGUUCGGAGAAAGGUGUGAUUACGUGCUUUUUAUAUGGUCAGUCUUGCCCUACUUUUGUAUAAUAUUACAUAUAUCAUUUACAUUAUUAACACUGUUAUAGUCACACAACUAUUUACCAGGAUUGACACAUUGGGAGGGCAGAAGUUUAGCACAAA